AUGAUGACUCUGUCACUGAUUUCGCGGCGCGUAUUCACCCAGCAGAUCAUUAACUUAUCAACAGUUAAUCAAGAAACCGGACUAGUGCACGUAGAAAAACAAUUUGAAGCAGUUGAACCAGAAAAACGGGACAAAGAAGCGUUUAUGGCAGCCAUCGGUAAUUUUGAGCGUGUUAUUUAAAACUGGAAAACCGUGUCUAUUUUCAGCCAUAUUUAAAGAAAAGCGCGGCCGAACACAUGUCGAGUUCAUCAAUACAGCAUUGAAAUACAUAAAAGAUUACGGAGUGCACAAGGAUUUGGACACCUACAAGAACUUGCUGGAUGUGUUUCCGAAAGGAAAAAUGAUUCCGCAGACCGCAUUUCAGAAAGUGUUUCUUCAUUAUCCUCAGCAGCAGAAUUGUGCUGUCAAAGUGCUCGACGAAAUGGAAUGGCAUGGUUUGGGAGUGAGCUUCUCUUUUUGCAUCACUCGAUACAGUUCAGGUGUGCAACCAGACAAAGAGAUCCAUGAUAUUAUGGUCAAUGCGUUUGGAGAAUGGAACUUCGCCACAAAAAAAGUGAAACGGAUGUUGUAUUGGAUGCCAAAACUGAAACAUUCCAACAAGUAUCUGGACAGGCGGCACGUUGAAGGUUUUUCUCGGUCAUUCAAAGAAUGUACAUUUUGAAUUCAGGAAAGAAUCUCUCGCCGUCUGAGCUGGCAGGAAUCGCUUUGAAAAUGAUGAGCAGAGAUCCCGCUUCCUCGAUUUCGCUUCUGAAGUUCUCCGACUCCAUGGACCUUGUGCCUAAAUGGCUGGCAACGUCACAGAGCCCUUUUCAGCAGAAGUUGCUCUCCGAGUUACCACGUGGCGAUGAAGUGUUCGUGGAUGCCGGAAGAGUUUAUGUGCAGGAUCAUUCGGUCCAAUUCAUCACUCUGACGGGAACACCGAAAAAAGCGCCUGCAGAUGAGUUCAAGAAGGAGUCGAUGGACGACGACUACACCAAUUGGUUCGAAGAUUGGAAAAAGCAGCGAGUGGAGACCAAGAGGUAAAUUCAAAAUAUAAAACAAUUUAGAAUGCAUGUGUUCAGAUCGGUUCAUGAACAGCCGCACGAAACGGUUUUCGCCUUGGGAGCCAUGUUCCAGAAUGAUAACUCGACGGCUCUUCGUUGGAUCGACAAUUUGCAAAAGUCGAAUGCAAACCUUGAAAAGUUGCAAAUCAGAUUGAGGCUGGAUAAAAAACCAAUAAUUUAA